AUUUCGUUCCAUCUUCCGACACGGCGCGGCGGCGACACCGGCACCGGGAUCGAGAUGGCCGCACCGGUCAUUGAGUUUAUCGAUGAGGAGGUCGACUUUUCAACAAUCGUGCGUGAGUUAUUGAUCGCCAGCAGGCAGCAGAGCGCUCCUGCCACCGCCACAUCGUUGGGGAUAUUGAUUUGGCACGUCUCCUUCGUGAUUGUUCUGACGAUGCAUGUGGGGUACCUCGUUCGACACUUGAUGCCUCGGCGACGUUCUAACACUUGCCGAAGAAUGUCGAGCACAUACGUUCAAAUUCCCCUGCGCCGAAAUGAAGGUGCACCCAACGGCAUGGCCCACCCUGUCCAUUCACACCUAGCCAAUGUCAUCCCAGGCUCCGUCCUCUUUGCCGCAUUUACCACCAUCUACUACGGCAUAAAACUCCACGUCUCCCAAACAACUGCCAUCAUGUCGAUUUUAAGCCACUGGUCGUACUCCCUCACGAUGAUUGGAGUGCUUACCAAUGCCUUUGCCAGUACGCAUGACGUAGUUGGGACGAUUGCAAGUCUUGUUGGCCUGGCAAUUGUUUAUCCGCCUGUGCUAUGGAGCACCUGGCUUGAAGAGGGAUGGUUCAACCCUCGGUCGUCCCAACCUCUCUUUGGUGUUGGUGCUGUGGACUUCGGAGGAAGUGGCGUGCUUCAUGUCGUCGCUGGAAUGAUGGCCUUGGUGGUGUCCUCGGCACUGCCUGCAACGCCUCAAUUGUGCUCCAUACCCAUCACGACAUCCCACACUGGCUAUUCCUUUGCUCGAACCGCAGCGCUGUGGCUUGGCACGUGCGGCCUGCUGGUCAACCGAAUCAAUCUUGUCGUGCCGCAGUUGUUCCAUAUGGCUGCGAUGGUUGCGUGCCUCGUCAACACAUCGUUGGCGUUUGCUGGCGGAGGACUUGUCGGGUUCUUAAUUGAACUGUUCAACUCGAACAGCGGAACGAACUCUGCUUCAGUGCUCCACGCGUCCUGUGCUGCGGCCAUGGUGGCCAUCCGUGGUAUUGGCCCGUUGGCCGAGCCACAUGUCGCCUGCAUUGUCGGGAUCUCCGCCGCAAUCAUCGUGCAUUUUGCUCGCCAAAUCAAGUGGUUGAACGCUAUGGAACCUUCACUUGGGCAAGCCACAUCCGUCCAUUUGUUUGGAGGAAUGUGGGGUGUGUGUAUGGGCGGCCUCGGUGGAUCCCCACGCAGCCACGACAGCAUGUAUGGCAAGCCCAGCUUUGGCCUGUUUUACGAACAUCAAGGCAGCGGUGGCAUAGGAGCAAAACAAUGGUCGGUCAACCUCUUUUAUCUGAACUGCGUCAUCAUAUGGACUGCUUCUGUCUCCUUUGUGCUGGUUUUUGUCCUUCGUCGAUGUGGCCUUCAGCAAGACCUUUCCAAAGUUGCGUUCGACGUGGAUUUUUCGCGAGAUAACGGGUAUACCGCGUUGUUGGAUGAGCACGAAGGUGGCGACGUUGGUGGCACGCCGAUGGAGGACCGGAAUCUCCACUACCCUGUCGACCACCGUCGUUUGUCCGACAUUAUGGGACGGCUCUCGUCAGUGCAGUCGUCGGUGGUGUCGGGCUCCGAGUCACCGUCACUUGAAGAUCUUCAAGAGCGACGGCGCAACUCACCAUUUGCAUGGGCUUGACUGCUCGACCUCGAUAUCACGUAUUCCUUGGCCCAAGGCAGCCAGUGGGCACUCGGCGACGACUGCAGUGACAGCCAAGAUGGAACGUGGUUCUGCCACGCCGCCUUCAUUUCUCCAUUCCGUUGUCCGAUGCAACGCAUGGUGUUUGCUCGAUGGUUCUAUUGGGUAACAUGGCGACAAGCGAUCAGAAGAGUUUAAAACGCUGGUCCGAUUUGAUCUUUGUUAAAGUUGCCUCCGCUGGCGUCAGGAUUUCUUCAUGAACUUGCCAGAGUCCGCUCCAGAGUAUUUAAAAGGCCAUCGCGAGGAACAAUUUACACAUUGUCCUGUUUACACUUCUCCAACUCGGGCUAAAACAAUGGGUCUUGAUACGUAUGCAAUGCCACCCCCGAUGAAUAGAACCGAACGGUGGACGACUGCCCGGGACGAAUAUGAACAAGCGAAACAUCGUCGUCGACGGACUGUUUGUGUCAUGACUGUUGUAGCAUGCACCGCCAUUGUCCACGUGCUUGCCAACGACAGGAUCGCCCUGAUGACAGGCCUCCUCGUCGUCGAUGUCGCUACCGUCGUCUCGACUACGAAGAUGCCCUUCCGCAUUGGCAGUUUGUGGCUUUCCCGGAGGUGCUUUCAGUACAAUAGCCAUCGUCUCAAGAUAAACGUGAUCAUGCCCGUCGUGGCAGCUCGCCACUCAUAUCGCGUCGACGACAGUGUUGGAAGUCGUGUGUACUCCAGUACGAAACGUGGUGGGACGGCACCAAGUCUAGUAUGGCGAAAGACUCCAAACCAGUUGUAGGCGAUGUGUCUCUCGCUGCGUGUUCGUGCUUUUGUUAUUGGAGGAAAUGUGCGAGGUCUAAUGGAUCAUAACGACCCACCAUGUCGUCAAGACUACGCUAGUCAUGUGGAGCUUUGCCAUGAACUACCAGCCUGAGAGCGUACUGGUGCUUUUGUUGCACAACGGGUCGGACGUACCGCUGGGUCAGUUAAAAAUGGUAAUCUCCUUUCAACUCGAAGGUCACAUGGGGAUUAUAUCACGGAAGGGCUCUUCGCCUUCACGGUCGAUGUGGCUCUAUAUAUUCUGCGUGUACCUGUUUCCAGCCAUAUCGUCUCGACAACGAUUUGGGAAAGUCGAGUGGCGUGGUGCUUGCCCACGAAGCGAUUGACUUUCGAUUGUGCCCGUCGCCAGGGCGAAACCCGUAGGUCCUCUUCCACCUCCUGCUUGUUCCUGUGUCGCCAAGAGCGGCGUGCGUUCGGCCGGCAAGUCGUCAACGAAGGCGAGUCGAACCGUGAAAACAAGUGCUCUUGCUGCAACACUUUGAAAGCAGGCGGUCGGAGCAUCAUGUGGAGCGCGUACAAAUCACAAAUGACUUGUGUCUUGGUUUUGUCGCCCAAGUAGAGCAGCCGUCAGCGAAAGACGAGACUCGCUGAACCCCAGGCACGAACAGAAGAGGAUGGUCUAGAUGUACCUAACGAGGUUGCUCUUCCCGCCCUUCUUCUUGAACUCCUGGUGUUCUCUUUUCUGGGGCGGCAGCAUGAAGAGCUACAAAGGCUUGUACAGCUUGCAUCCGUGCGCGAGCAACUACACGUGCGUGAGGCGUUCAUCCGUGUCCUGUUCGACAGCAAACGAG